UGACUGGAGGUGCAGGGGCUCAGCCGGCAGCUGAAGGCUUCAGCGCAGGUGUGUAGAAUGGGCUCGGGGUAAAGCUCUGGCGGUAUCAUUGCUGGACUCAGACCUGUCUGGAGGCUUUUCUGGGCUGGAAGUUGGGAUUUGUACAAAAUCCAGAAGUGAAAAUCCGCGGGGGUCCCGGGUCUGUCAGCCCGGCGGUUCUGACGUUGGCAAUAUAUGGAGCUGCUGAGAAACACCUUUGAAUACUGCCACGCCCAACACCAUCUCUCCGCAUGAAUCACACGCUUUGCCCGUUGCUCAGGAGCCGGGUCGUGGGCAGCGCACACCAUUAGAGGCCUCUGCGCGCGGAUCUCCUCCUGCAAAAGACUCUUGUGUCCUCGGAGCCCUGUUCUCCAGUCACAGUCCGUCCCGGCGGUAAAAUUCACAGUUUAUCCAGAUGGGGUAACGUGAUCGGUCCAAAGGGAUCAUCUGUUUUUGCCUCUAAACUGCCAGGAGUCGCCACAAAGAGAGGUGUUUUUUUUUUCUUCUACUCUACGGAAGGAAGAAAUCUUGGAACUUAAGAGUCAAGAAGAUUUGGAUACUGACCCUGAGCCUUGCGCGGACGGACGGUCUCAGAGCCGUUACCUUUCAGCCUCCCGACCCUUUUUACUGGUUUGGGAAUUAUAAUAUUUUUUUUUUUUUAGAUAUUUUGCACAAUAUUUGUGUUGAGUUUUUUUUGUACGUUUUUAUCUCCUCCUUUGUAUCUCUCACCAUGGCUCGGAUUAAUCGCCCGGCUCCAGUGGAAGUCUGCUAUAAAAACAUGCGCUUCCUGAUCACCCACAACCCCACAAACGCCACGCUGAACACCUUCAUCGAGGAUCUGAAGAAGUACGGGGCCACCACAGUGGUGAGAGUGUGCGAGGUGACCUACGACAAGACUCCUCUGGAGAAAGAUGGAAUCACUGUCAUGGAUUGGCCCUUUGAUGAUGGCGCACCUCCUCCCAACAAGAUUGUGGAUGAUUGGCUCAACUUGCUGAAAGCAAAAUUCUGUGAAGAUCCAGGAUGCUGCGUGGCGGUGCACUGCGUAGCUGGACUGGGCAGGGCUCCCGUCCUGGUCGCUCUGGCGCUCAUUGAGAGUGGGAUGAAGUAUGAAGAUGCCAUUCAGUUCAUCCGGCAAAAGCGCAGAGGCGCCAUUAACAGCAAGCAACUGACGUACCUGGAAAAAUACCGGCCAAAGCAGAGACUACGGUUCAAAGACCCCCAUAACCACAAAAACAAGUGCUGCAUCAUGUAAAUGCCCCGACGUACUGCCAAAGUACACACACAGGCACCCCACCGCCACCCUCCGUAACACGAGCUUCAUCUAUGAAGUCAGCAGCUUCCUCCAACCAGUUAUUUUCCAUCUCCAUGAACAUUAUGUGUACUAGAAGUUACAGCAAUAGCAUACACGGGGUUGAGGCCGGUAUAUCUGAGCCAGGUGAGGCUACACUAUAGGAGAUCGAAUAUUGCGUACCAGCAGAUGCACAGCCAUGCGCUGGGAGACAGAGUGAUUUUGCCUUCUGGUACAUUAUAUAUGUAUGUGUGCAUGUUUUUUUUUUUUUAUUAUUAUUAUUGCUGCCCCCUUGUGGUUAAAGGGUGCAUUCAUCAUUAUGCAUGACCCAUCGGCAGUGUGCAACACACCAUAAGAAGCAUACAUUUUGAAGCCUUACUUUUUACUGAUUCUGCUCUCACCAGACGAUCAUUGCGUAAGUUUAAUUUAGAAUUAUCUAAAGAAUUUGUAAGUGCCGCCAGCGACCACAGCGGGGAGGAAAAUUUUUGGGUUUGGCCUCUGCUCAAACCACAUCUGGUUUCAUGUGUCCCUUUCUAGAAGACUUGGGAUUUCCAGCAUCUAGUUUGUAAAAUACGAGCAGAUUUUAGUUGUGUUUUUUGUUUUGUUUUCAACUUUUUUUUUUUUUUUUUUCACAUCCUGUACAAAUCUUUUGCUAGCUGACUGAAUGUUUCUUGGUACACUGUUUUUAUAAUGGGUCACAAAAGCCUUGAAGUCACAAGCGGAAAGGGGGUGAGCAGCGUAUGGUCUGAUAAAUAUCUGUGAUGACCUCCAGAGGGUUAAAAAAAUAAAAAUAAUACAAAAACUUUAAAAAAAAAAAGAACUUUAUAAAAAUGUUGAGAUUGUGGCUCACAUGUACAAAUGUCAUGUCUGUUACAUUUUUUUUUUCUCGUCUUCUAUUGAACUACUUUUGGAAAACAGUUCCUUAACAACUGUAUGAAUUUGAAGGGUAACUUAAAGGAAGUAAUCUCUUUUCCUGCGAGAGUCUAAAAAUGAAAAAAAUAAUUUCUGACGGUGGUUCCAUAGCCGA